GGCCUGGCCACAUCAAUCAGUUUGAAUUUGGCUGCGAAAAGAAAUAUUGAUCGAAAUUCUAGGAACACGAAAUCACUUCUGCCCUCUAAAUUUUAGGUUUCAACUCAAAUGACUCGCUACAUACCGGCGUUUUUCCACAGUGGCCGCUCCCUUGCAGGCAUGCUGGCCCAGUUCUGCUGUGACACGGACAACGAGAGUCAACUGUGGCCAGGAUCACUCGUUCUUAACGCCUCGAAUCUGGUUAAGGAGAAAAAGGAGGGUGCCAAGCCUCGUCGUUCUGCAGUCAGCCGGCAUCGAGCUUCAUUUCGCGAAAACACAAUCACGGCCUACGAAAACCGGCUAAGACACUACUCACAGCCCUCAAAGGUCUUCCGCUAUUUCGCCACCAUUAAAAUGAGGAACAAGUCGGGCAGGUGGGAGGUUUUCAUGACGCCCUCCGACUUCUUGCGAUCGAUCAUACCCGGCAUUCCCCAGCCGGAGAAACUGGGCCUGGACAAAUACCGAAUUCUGGACGAGAAGGCUGCAACCAAGUGGGAGUCGGAAAUGCUACAGGACAGCAUUUUUCUCAAGCUUGGGACAAAGGGUCUGCUCACUUUCAGUGACUAUGUGCUUCUGACUAUUCUGCUGUCCAUUCCGCAGCGCCACAUUGAGAUCGGUUUCAAGCUUUUCGACCUGAAUGGUGAUGGAACGCUGAGCAUUCAUGACCUGGAGUCCUUGCUUCUGGCCAUCAGCCAGGGCGAAGCCUCUGCCAUGAAUACUCAUCUGAAAAAUACUCUCUUCGGACCAAAACUCAACAAAAAACUUACCCUUGCCCAGUUUUUGGAAUUCUUUCACGAGCUAAACGAUGAAGUACUUAAUCUUGAGUACGACAUGAUACUCAAGGAUCGCUAUCAAUCAACAAAUCGUUCCGUGAUCAGCGAACUGGACUUUGCCAAGCUGGUCUUGUCCUUCAAAAGUUCUCGCUCCGAACGUCAUCAGGCUCUGAAACGGGUAAAGGAAAAAUAUGGCCAGAAAAUGCAGGGUAUCACAAAAGCCGAGUUUAUCGACUUCUUUCGUUUGGUCAAGGAAUUAGAUUCCGUGGACAUGGCAUUGUCCUUUCAUUAUUUGGCUGGUGCCGAUAUAAACAGCAAAACUCUGCGACACAUUGCCGAUGUUGUUGCCGGUGUGACCCUAACCGAACAUCUGGUGGAGGUGAUCUUCACUAUUUUCGAUGCCGAUCGCGACGGAGUCCUGCGAAGAAUGGAAUUCAUUAAAGCAUUGCGCAUUCGAAGAAGGCGAUCUCAUACUGUAAGCCAUCAUUUCAGACUCACAUCUGCACUGAACGCUGUGUGCAAAUGUGCUUGGAGGACACUGCCUAUCCGGAAUUCCAAUAGAGCCUGUUCUCCCUAUUCGUAAAUAAAUUUUUCGUUUUUUUAAGUUGGAAAUUUAUAAUGUUAGGACAAUAAACCAAUGUUUUUUAACCAA